CCGUCAAACAGGGCAGGCCUUACAGGAUUUGGAUCCUGACAUCUGAUCAGAUGUUGGAGGAUGUGGGCACAGAGGAGGAGUUGGAGGAUGAGGGCUUCGGAGAUAUCAGUUUGGACCUCAACCUGGAUCCCACUAUUGAGGCGCUGGACCUGUCCUCUGGCUCAUCACCCGCCACGACCAGCGUUGCCAGCACUCCUGCCUCUGCCCAGACUGGGUCUGCUAACACCACUACAGCAGCACCUAAUCAACAACUGUUUUACGCCGCCUCUGGUCCAUCCUCCACGACCACCUACACCACCUCUGGGCCAUCGUCCAUGACCACCUAUGCCACGUCUGGUCCAUCCGCCAUGAUGACCUACACCACCUCUGCGCCAUCCUCCACAACCACCUACACCACCUCUGGUCCAUCCUCCACGACCACCUACACCACCUCUGUGCCAUCCUCCACGACCACCUACACCACCUCUGGUCCAUCCUCCACGACCACCUACACCACCUCUGCGCCAUCCUCCACAACCACCUACACCACCUCUGGUGCAUCCUCCACGACCACCUCUGGUCCAUCCUCCAUGACCACCUAUGCCACGUCUGGUCCAUCCGCCAUAAUGGCCUACCCCACCUCUGCGCCAUCCUUCACAAGCACCUACGCCGCCUCUGAUCCAUCCUCCACGACCACCUACACCACCUAUGGUCCAUCCUCCAUGACCACCUACGCCACGUCUGGUCCAUCCGACAUUAUGACCUACGCCACCUCUGCGCCAUCCUCCACAAGCACCUACGCCACCUUUGGUCUAUCCUCCACGACCACCUACACCACCUCUGGUCCAUCCUCCUUGACCACCUACGCCACGUUUGGUCCUUCCGACAUAAUGACCUACGCCACCUCUUCGCCAUCCUCCACAAGCACCUAUGCCGCCUCUGGUCCAUCCUCCACGACCACCUACACCACCUCUGGUCCAUCCUUCACGACCACCUACAUCACGUCUGGUCCAUCUGCCAUGAUGACCUACGCCACCUCUGCUCCAUCCGCCACAACCACGUACGCCUCCGUCCUUCCUCUCCCGACCACCCUCACUGUCUCUGUAGCCACUGCUCCCCCAGCAGUGCAACCAGUCCCUGAGAAACCACUGGCUGUGGAUGAACGCAGUGUACCAGGGAUAGAUAGAGUGGACAACCUUGCAAGCUACUUGGUGGGGCUUAGGAUGGAAUCUGGUCAAACUCUGAGCCACCAGCAGGCCAGUACCAUCAUUGCCCUAUGGCAAAGCCUGCUUCCAUAUGACCAGCAGAGAGUGGCAUAUGCUGCCCGGCACCAGGUGAAUCUUACAACAGGACGCUUCAGGUGCUCAAAAACCAAGCCUGAAUUCACACCUGGUGUGGAUAGCAUGACCCGUUGCGUCCUUGGGUCAACAGGAUCCCCUGCCCAGUGGCCAGACUGUUGCCGCCUGGUAGAGUCUAUCUUUGUUAAACUCUGUGAUAUUCACAGGAGCCCCAAAAAAAUAGGAAAUCAUGCUGUAACAAGAUGGACUCUAAUUCUGAGGGACUACAGCAAGAUCCGGCAGCUGGUCCUGGGCAAUGGGACUGUGAUGGAGAAUACCACCCUGCAAUUGUUUCAGGUGAAUCAAACAACUUUAAAUCAAUGGCACAAGAAGCGGCUAAAGAGGCAAGAAUGUGCCAUCCUGCUUCAGGGUGUGAACUUGCCAGCCCCCAUUCCUAUUGCUGCUAGGCCUCUCCCACCUGGACAGACUCGCCCCACUACAGCCCCCCCACAGCUUGGUCCCCAACACCGCUACCACCUGCCAGCAAGCACAGUGGGAAAGGCAGUGGACAAGCGAAAGUCUGCAGUUCCAGCCCCGCACCCCCCUCCUCCAAAGGUUUUCCGACCAAGGCAGUUGUUCCCUGCUGAUUCUGCUCCAUUACCUGUUGUUCCCAACCCCAGUCCUGCAUUUGCCCCGUUUGUGUUUUUAUGUCCAGUUCCUGUCAUCCGGCAGAUUGCUCCAGCUGGCCCCAUUCCCUCCCCACCACCUGCUCGGAGGCCCUACGUCCGCACUGUGGACAAAAACAAGUGCAGUCUGUGCCACCAGCCCCGGAACAAAGAUACUGGCCACAGCCAGUAUUAUGGCCACAUUUACUGUCCCCUGACUGCUGUUAUGCCACUUGACCAAUGGAGGGAGGAGAUGAAGAAGAAGAGGGCAGAUAAAAAAUAAUAAUUUGUUCAUUUAAAAUGCUAUGUGUGUGUGCUUGCUUGCGUACACCUCUGUUAGGGUCAUUUGUUCACCCUCUGAAAAGCUAAUUUGUUCAUUUGCUUUUCACAUUUGAUCAUUUAACCCAUAUAAAUAAGCUUAAAGCUUUUUUGAUAAAGUUGUGUUUAUGUGAGAGAGAAGGUGUUUGUUAUAAAAAUAAAAAGAACUUUAUUUCUACAACAGUAUC